AUGGCCACUGACAACAAUCUUCCUCUUGUCAAUUUCACAGACGAAUCCAAUGCCCUUCAGCCUUGCGAGAGCCGGCGCGGUGCCGCGAACGGCUGCCUCAGCAUUGCAACUCAUGCGCUUGGAAAUCAAAACUCGGCUCUGGGCAGCCGCAAAGUCUGUCGGCCAUGCUUCGAAUACUAUGUUCGGAAGCCAGAUACUCUAAAAGCUCGAAACUCACGUUCUGCGCCUGAUCUCUAUGAGAAGGCACGAGAAAUCCGGCAGCAAAACAUCCAUGCACGCACUGGUGUGAUCACAGAUGUCUCUCACUCGAAGCGGAAGAUACUCCCACUUCCCCGAGACCCUAGUGCUUCAAGCGGAGCCAUGGGUCCGCCACAGUAUAUUCCGAGCGGAGGUGCUAGAAGCUUCCGGAGCCCCUCGCCCUCAAACUCACUUUCAUUCAAUCCGUCCACGGGAUACUCUUCGAACCACACCAGUUACCAACAGUUCCGCGCUCUUGUCGGCCAAAGUGCGGCCUCCGGUGUGUCUAUUGACACAAUUAACAUUCUUGCGCAAGUUCGUUACGAGGUGGCAAACAAGCAGGGAGGGCAACAGUUCAAGACUAUCAGUGAAGGGCUGCUUGUCCCUGCCCGAGUCACUGCGUCUACAUUACUGGAUCUGACUGUUUCAACAGUCAUGCCGCUACUAAACAAGGCUGUUGCACCGUUCAAAUUCGAACGGAAGCACAUGACCGUACGAGAUGUUGACCGCUGGGUCAAUCUCGAGAUUGAACCUGCUGAUUCUCAUGUUCUCGAGAGCCUGUGCUACAAGAUAUCAAGGGCUAAGGGUAAAGAAAAGGGCCCUCCUGUGUUCACUAAACCCCGGAAGCCCCCUGUUGUUGCUCUGGUCAUCGGAUGUGAUGAAUGGCAGCGGUACGAUGACUGGUUGGAUCAGCGAUUCACUGCCAAGGAAUCUGAGCAGUCGACGAAUGCACCCAUACAAUUGCCACUUUCCGCAUCUACCACUGAAUCAACUCAGACCGAAUCAAUCAAUUCUUCAUCUCAGACUUCUAGUUCGCACAGCAGCGUCUUGCGCCCUCAAACUCCACCUCGAAGCCUCAAGCGUGCGGUGCCAGAUCACGAGUCGCCCGACCAACAACGCUUUCGGGAAGCUUUGAUUGCGGGUGGGAGCCGUGCAAUGAACAAACACGGCAGGAUUCCUAUUACCGAAUCGAUUCACAUUUUCCAAAUCCCUCUUCGUACCCUAAACAAUCUGCUUAGCUGUGUGGCCACUUCACCAGAAGCGAGCAUUAAAUCAUCAUCCCCAAAGCCAUAUUUUGAAUGCGACCAAGCGCAGGCCCAACUGGGCACGCUUUCGACCGAUCUUUCCCAGCGUCUCGGGGUUGGGAGUUUCAAGGAUGCUCAUGUUGGGUGGCUUCGAAUGACACCGCUGUCCCAAUCAGGACUCGGUCGGAUCAGGAACCAGAAAAUUGCCGUCAAGCGCCUUUUCUGCGGACGGAGCACUAAAGGUUCUCUCAUUCGUCUUGGGUGUCGGGAUGAAUAUGACGACACCAUGAUCGAGGCCAAUGUCCAUCUUUGGAGUCAGGCUCUCUUUAUGUCGGCCAUGUCCUUUGUCUCACACCGCGUUCGGUCUGCUGUCAAGCAGAUUCCUCCUUCGCUUGUUAUUCCUGAUCUCCGCUUCGUUGAUGCAGCUAUGGGUCAGGUUCACAAGGGAGUUUCGGGUAAUGCAGUGGCCAAUGUGACUUCCCUGACGAGGACGUACCUUCUGGAGGAGUUGAUUCCCCUCGAAGUCGCGGGAGAGUUCAAGAAGUUUGUUCAUAACAGCGAAGCCAAGCCUGCGUUGCAGAAAGACGAUCCGGGCUAUUAUAUCGCGGAAUUUCUGUGCUUCACGCAGCAUUAUCAGUACACAAAGUCUGGAGGCCUUGUGUUCCUCUCUGACUAUCAAGGCUCUACAACGCUUCUGACAGAUGCUCAAGUCAUGACUUCCCCCGAAUUGACUCUGGAUGAGGUUUUUGGCGGAGGUAAUGUUCCUUCGGUGUUCAGCAAGUUUGAAUCCGAGCAUGCAUGCAAUGAGUACUGUCAUGCAUUUGGAAUGACGCCGUUCAUUGCUCCCAUGGAUGACGACACUUGA